AUGCGACGCUGUAAUAAGAUGCUUAAUUCAUGUAGUAAACAACACCAAGUUACGGAACAUGUUUCCUAUUUUGGUUUACCCGAUCAGUUAAAAAAUACUCAUUACAUUAUUGUUACAUUAUAUUGAACAGGAAAUCGCAAGGGAGGGCGUUACUCGGGCAAAUCUGAGCAGAAGUCGUCAGCGCAGUGGGGCGUGAUGUCAGCAGUAUUUAUGGCGCUGUGUGUACUUUUGGCUGUGUACUUGGGCUUUUAUAGCCACAACAUACUACAAGUGGUGAGUGGCUUUCUGCUCGAACCGGAGACCUCCGACGAUCCGGUCGUGAACACCAAAUGCGGCCAAGUUAGAGGAAUUAACAACAAUGGGAUCAGUGUGUUCAAGGGAAUCCCCUACGCCCUGCCACCAACGGGCCCGCGACGCUGGCGGCCGCCCGUUCCGCGUUCCCAGGACGCCAACACUUGCUGGGAGGGCGUCUACAACGCCACCGAAUUUUCGUCCUACUGCUGGCAACCCAAGCUGGGCAACUUUCACGAAUAUGCCGGCAGUGAAGAUUGUUUGUACGUCAACGUUUGGACGCCAACUUUGGAAAAGACUGCCAACUUACCUGUGAUGGUUUGGAUCCAUGGUGGAUUUCUGCUCUUCCUCAGCGGCAGUUGGCCGUGGUACAGUCCCAGCGUCAACCUUACACGAAGCACUAACGUUGUGUACGUCAGCAUGAACUACCGCCUUAACGCCAUGGGCUUUAUGGCUUUGGACAUUCUGUCAGCGGAGUCCAGCUCCAGAUCCUCCGGCAACUACGGUUUCCGGGACCAGAUCCUGGCUCUGGAAUGGGUCAGGGACAAUAUCAUACAGUUUGGGGGAGACCCUAAACAGGUAACUGUAUUUGGCCAAAGCUCCGGAGGAACCAGUAUAUUUGCUCUCUUGGCCUCCCCAAUGGCCAAAGGUCUGUUCCAGAAAGCCUGGCUCCUCAGCGCCUCUCCCAUCCUGAACAAAACCCUGAGCGAUGCGUCAAGGGACAACCUGGCGUUUCUCCGGAAGACGGGCUGUUCGGACACGGCCUGUCUUAGGGCUAUGAGUCCACGAGCGGUGCUGGGAGCAGUGCCCUGGUACGAGUAUCCAUUCUGGGCCAUGGAGGAUCAAGGAGACCUUCCGGUGAAGAAUGUUUUUGACGGAGCCGUGGCUGUUGUUGAUGGAGUUGUGUUACCAAAAGCUCCUUUCGAUGCAUGGAAAGCUGGGGAAGGCGUAGAUGUUCCAACAAUAAUAGGCACCACAGCGCAGGAGUUGGAUUUCUUGCCCACGCCUCCCGAUCUCAAAUCGUGGACAUGGGAUGACUACACCAACCACGUCCACAAAAGGCUGGAUACCUUCGGCGAGGACGUCUCGACCAGGGCAUUAGCCAUGUACCCACCGAGUGCCAAUUACACGCCCGAGUUCGCCUUUACGUCCCUCGGAUCCGAUCUCCGAGUUACGUGCCCCAAUGACGUCAUGACUGCGCGUGCAGCGGAAUCGUUCAAGUCCAAUGUAUGGCGCUACGUCGUUACAUCGCAGCCAUCAAAGCCAGUGAACGCCAUUGGAGUACCCUUUGCAUCCAAAUACGCCUUUCAUAUGUGGGAUUAUAUUGCGUUCAGUGGAGUCAUUCCUCAUUACAUCGAAAAGCCUAGCGCAUCGGAUGAAGCAUUUAAACAGACGAUAACUCAGGAGAUGUUGAAUUUCGUCCGCACAGGCUCAGUGAAAACCAGUUCCUGGAAGCCGUACCCUUCUUCAGUUGCCAUCUUGAACACCAGCACAGAAGUUAGCACAGGAUUCAACUCGGAAUUCUGUGAUUAUUGGUUUAAAAAUAAUUUUUUCUCUUACGCCUGGAUUAACUAAUAAUAUUAGUAUAUAGAUAUAUAUAUAGAUUAUAUAUAUUAACAUCUGUUUCCGCAUUGCAUUGUCAGUGGAAGACCUGGAUGACUGUUAAUAGCUCAACUGUGGUGGGAACAGCUUUUAUUAUUAUUAUAAAGUUAUUCAAACCCUAGAUGAUACACGGAAUCUACUACUUCCAUAAAUGAUAAGGUGUGUACUGUCCAUUAAUUGUGCUUGAAAUAUAAAAAUCUUACGUUGAAAACAUUUUGAAUACUUGCUUAUUUAAGGUACAUUGCUGUUUUCCUGCAUUUGGAACUCAUAGCCUUUCAGGAAGCGGAAGUAAAAUUCCAAGUAUAAUUGCCAACGGCACAAAUGAACCAACAUUUAAAUUGCUAAAGUCGGGAUCAACGACACUGAUGGGUAACAUAUCACUUACAGCUUAUGUUUCUGACAGCUGUAUAGGGAGUGAGUGAGUGAAUGGAUUAACGUCAUACUUAACAAUUUUUCGAAGGACGAAGGAGUCUUUAGAGUGCAUGUAAUGUGCCUCCUUGUUGCAGGGCAUAUUCCCACUGCUGUUUAUCUAGUGCUGUUUCACUGAGACGACUUACCAGAA